AUGAGCGAAAUUGCCCAUCCUACCAUCCAAGAUGGCUGGUUCCGUGAGAUCUCCAACAUGUGGCCCGGCCAGGCCAUGACCCUCAAGGUCAAGAAGGUCAUUCACCACGAGAAGUCCCAGUACCAGGAUGUCCUCAUUUUCGAGUCCACCGACUACGGCAUGGUCCUGGUCCUGGACAACGUCAUCCAGGCCACCGAGCGUGACGAGUUCUCCUACCAGGAGAUGAUUACGCACCUGGCCAUGAACUCCCACCCCAACCCCAAGAAGGUCCUCGUCAUUGGCGGCGGUGACGGCGGUGUCCUCCGCGAGGUCGUCAAGCACGAGUGCGUCGAGGAGGCCAUCCUCUGCGACAUUGACGAGGCCGUCAUCCGCCUCUCCAAGCAGUACCUCCCCAACAUGGCCGUCGGCUUCGACCAUCCCAAGUCCAAGACCCACGUCGGCGACGGCUUCAAGUUCCUCGAGGAGUACAAGAACACCUUUGACGUCAUCAUCACCGACUCCUCCGACCCUGAGGGUCCCGCCGAGUCCCUCUUCCAGAAGCCCUACUUCCAGCUCCUCCACGACGCCCUGAGGGAGGGCGGUGUCAUCACUACCCAAGCCGAGAACCAGUGGCUCCACAUGCCCCUCAUCUCCAAGCUCAAGAAGGACUGCAAGGAGAUCUUCCCCGUCGCCGAGUACGCCUACACCACCAUCCCCACCUACCCCAGCGGCCAGAUCGGCUUCAUGGUCUGCACCAAGGACGCCAGCCGCAACGUCAAGGAGCCCCUCCGCAAGUGGUCCGCCGAGGAGGAGGAUAAGCUGUGCAGGUACUACAACGCCGACAUCCACAAGGCCUCGUUCGUCCUGCCCAACUUUGCCAAGAAGGCUCUCGAGUAA